CAACCGCGGCGGCCACCAUAGAGCAUCAUGGCGGCGCUGUGAGGAGGGCGGGUGGGCGCGAGCGACGUUACCCGGGAGACGAACGUGGGCCGCGGCUGCUGCUCUCUUACUCUCGCUCUCUCUCUCUCUCUCUCUCGCUCUCGGCACCGUGUCGGCUGCCGUGGCAGUUUAUGUUGCAGACACACCUGUGUGGAAGAUGACAUCUAAAGGAACCAGUGCGACUUACUCGAGGAAGAGUUAUCGGCUAACCUCUGACAUCGAGAAGCCAAAGAUCACAGGUUUUGUUAAUGACAGACUCCUCGGCAACUACCUCCAACAUGUAUUCCCUUUCUCUGAGAAUGCUCAAUUGGCUACUACAUCCAGAAAGCCGUUGAAUUUUCAGAAUCUGAAUGAACAUUUGGAUCGACUAUUGUCUGAGGGAUUGGACAGUGAAACAGGCAAAGAUCAAAAUGCGGAUGGGCGUCUUGGCCCAACCACAGUGGUCCUGGAUCACACAAGUGGGUUUGAAGGAUUGCUGCUUGUGGAUGAUGACUUACUUGGGGUUGUUGGUCACAGUAAUUUCAGCUCAAUAAGAGCUACCUCUUGUAUAUAUAAAGGCAAGUGGAUGUAUGAAGUUCUGAUCUCCUCUCAGGGGCUAAUGCAGGUUGGUUGGUGCACCCUUCACUGCAGAUUCAAUCAGGAGGAGGGGGUCGGUGACACCUCAGAUUCUUAUGCUUAUGAUGGAAAUAGAGUUCGCAAAUGGAAUGUUACCACCACUAAUUACGGAAAGGCUUGGGCAGCUGGUGAUAUUGUAACUUGUGUGAUAGACCUUGACGAAGGAAAGAUUGGCUUCUGCCUAAAUGGAAUAGCUUUGGGAACUGCAUUUGAAGACAUCAGAUCAGGUCCUGGCAUAGCGUACUUCCCAGCGAUCAGCCUGUCCUUCAAAGAGUCAGUGGCUUUCAACUUUGGCAGCCGGCCUAUCCGAUACCCAAUGGAAGGCUAUCGUCCCAUGCAGGACCCACCAGAUGCAGAUCUCAUGAAGGCACACAAGCUCUUGGGAUACCUAAAGAAUGUGUUCACUAUCGGCUUCGACAUCCAGGAAGGAAGACUGGUGGAGAAGGACCCUGCAUCAUGGCAAGCUGAGGGAGAACCUACUGUGCUCAUUACACUAGCGCACAUCUUCAACUGCUUUUCACCCCUCAUGUGUAAAGUUUAUCUUGUGGAAGAAGUGUUGAUGGCCUAUUUCCUGGGCAUACUGGAGAAAGGUGGGGCAGUAGAUGAACACCCAUUGAUCCAACGCUUGCUCGAUCUGAUGUGGCUUCUCAUGGAGGACUAUGAGGUACAGGAGUGUUUGAAACAGCUGAUGAUGUCACUGCUUCGUGCCUAUAGGUUUUCUCCUAUCAUUCCUGACUUAGGACUGCAGAUCCAUUACUUGCGCCUUACUAUCGCUAUUCUGAAGCACGAGAAAACUAGGAAAUAUUUGCUCAGCAAUGUCUUAUUUGACGUGCUUCGAUCAGUGGUGUUCUUUUAUAUUAAAACCCCUCUUCGAGUGGAAGAAGCGGGAUUAGAAGAGCUCAUUCCCACCACUUGGUGGCCAACCAGGUUUGAUAAAGAGGGCCAGGAGGUAAAGGAAGAAAGUGCUGAGGAAAGGCUAAGACGCCGAGCUUAUGAGCGUGGUUGUCAGCGAUUGAAGAAACGGAUUGAAGUUGUAGAAGAGCUGCAGAUUCAAAUACUGAAAUUGUUUCUUAACAACAGAGACAAGGGAUCGGGUGAAGCAUCCAGAUACAUUUUCCUGAAUAAGUUCAGAAAAUUUUUACAGGAGAAUGCCAGUAAUCGAGGGAAUCCAACAAUUCUUUGCCCUCCUGAAUACAUGGUGUGCUUCUUGCAUCGACUGAUUGUUGCUUUGCGAAGUUAUUGGGAUGAAUACAGACUGAGGAAUCCAUCAGCAAUACCAAGUGAAGAUGCAUACGUACCCCCCCAGCUCUUCUUCAAUGGGAAGGUGGAUUACUUUGACCAGCAGAGGCUCGGUGGCCUGCUUUCUCAUUUAAAAAAGACUCUAAAAGACGAUCUUGCAUCAAAGGCCAACAUUAUCAUCGAUCCUGCAGAGAUCUCCGCCAUAUCAAUGGAUGACUUGGAUGAGGAUGAUGAGAAUAUAACUCAACAGAGGCUGGGUGGUGCUACCGCUGGAGGUGGAGCUCUUGCUAGACCAAGUUGGUUAAGUUCUCCAACUCUAGGCCGAGCUAAUAGGUUCCUAAGUACAGCAGCAGUGAGCUUGAUGAAUCCCCGCCGAUCCCUGGCGACUGUGGAAAAGGUGAAGGUUCGUACUCUGAAUGUGGAGCAGAGGACGGAGGAGGACAUUGAAGGAAGCCAUGGAAAUGAUGGCCUAUUGUUAGGGCGUCCUCCUGAUGAACCAGAACAACCAAUCACAGAGAAAUCGCUACUGGAAAUCCUAGAUGGAGCUAUCAUGAUGUACAACCUCAGCGUGCACCAGCAGCUUGGCAAGAUGGUGGGUGUGUCAGAUGAUGUCCAUGAAUAUGCAGUGGCCUUGAAGGAUACCGAAGAUAAAAUUGCACGUUGCCCUACAACGAGGAAGGAUAUUCUAGAUGAAUUGACCAAGAGUCAGAAGGUUUUCUCUGAGAAGCUGAAUCAUCUGAGCCGUCGACUAGCCUGGAUAAAUGCCACCAUCUAUUCCAAGGAGAAGAUGUUAGACAUCUAUUGGCUGCUGCAGGUGUGCAUAAGAGUAAUUGAGCACAGCGACCGGACUAAGACGCUAUUCGCUUUCAUGCCGGAGUUCUACAUGAAUGUUGCCAUGAACAGCUACAGUGCUCUGAAGAAUUACUUCAGUCCAGUCAACCCCAUGGAUGAGCUGCCUGGGUAUCAAGAGACACUGAGCCGAUUAGCUGCCAUCCUCGCCAAGCACUUUGCUGACUCUCGAAUUGUGGGAACAGAUAUUAAGGAUUCUCUGAUGCAGGCCCUCGCUAGCUACGUCUGCUACCCACACUCUCUGCGAGCUGUUGAGCGCAUCCCAGAGGAGCAAUGUCUCGCCAUGAUGAAGAAUCUCUUAGCUCCAUAUGAACAGCGACCUUGGGCACAGACUAACUGGAUCCUUGUGCGACUCUGGAGGGGAUGUGGGUUUGGAUACAGGUACACACGUCUCCCUCACUUGUUGAAAAGCAAACCAGAAGAUGCCAACAUGCCAAGCCUACAGAAACCUUGUCCUUCUACUCUACUGCAACAACAUAUGGCGGAUCUGCUGCGUUCUGACUGUGAAAUGGCAGCAAGUUUCCUCAAUAGUGUGCUCAACCAGCUGAAUUGGGCCUUCUCCGAGUUCAUUGGCAUGAUCCAGGAGAUACAACAGGCUGCUGAGCGACCAGAGAGGAACUUCGUCGACAGUCGCCAGCUGAAGGUUUGUGCCACUUGCUUUGACCUGUCCGUGAGCCUGCUGAGAGUUCUGGAAAUGACCGUCACACUUGUCCCGGAGAUCUUUCUGAACUGGACUAGACAGUCUGCAGAACUACUGUUGAGACGUCUGGCACAGUUGAUAAAUCAAGUAUUGAACCGAGUGACAGCGGAAAAGAAUCUCUUUGACCGCGUUGUCAAUCUGCGUUUACCUGGUUUGGAGAGCGUGGAUCAUUAUCCAAUACUGGUAGCUGUGACGGGAAUUCUUGUUCGCAUCCUAGUUGACUCUGAUGUUCAGGGGGUCCAACGAGGAACAGUUGUGCUCUUGGCCGAUCCCUGCUUUCAGCUGCGAUCAAUACAGUAUCUUCUUGGAGAAAACGAUCUCACUGCUCUGGGAGCAAAACCUCCAGGAAGCGUGAAGAAACACUUCUCCCUCCAAGCAUACCCAGAUUAUAUCAGCCUUGAAGAGCUGAUGAAGGUUGAAGGUUUGCUCUCCCAUCUCUCCCGUGAGUCCAAACAGGCUGCAGCCACUGCCCUGCCCACCAGUGAGGAGGAUCUGUGCCCCAUCUGUUAUGCACAUCCGAUCUCUGCCAUCUUCAGGCCAUGUUCUCACAAGUCUUGCAAGGCCUGCAUCAACCAGCACCUGAUGAACAACAAAGACUGCUUCUUCUGCAAGGCCACCAUCACAGCUGUUGAUGAUUACAUAAAACCAUCCUCUUCCUCGUAGUUGCGGUCCUUGUGAUUUCCGUUUCCAACAUAGGGUAAAGGAGAAGACACUCUUCAGGAUAUUUGCAACUGUGUAACAUGCAGAAAUUGGAAUGAUCAACAUCCGUUGUUUACAAAAGGGAAUGAUCCUUGGUGCUUCAUCAAGCAGUGAUAUGCUUGUUCAAUUGCUAUUUAAUUUCAAAUAUUGAUUGCUAGUGAAUGAAGCUAACAUGCUCAGAAGGGCAAUUUAUAGAUUGAAUUUCGCUGUGUCCCUUCAAACCCUGACACGUUAAUUUUGUGUCUUAGCCUUGAUUCCCACCCUGGGUCCUAAUGCAUCGCUACUAGCUUAUCAGCUGUAAACUAGCAUCAAGUGAGAUUUCAAAUCUUUUGGAAGCAAAUAUUCAUAUAACUCCCACUGCAUUAUUUAUUAUAUCAAGGGUCCAGCAAGGGCUUGGAACAAGGCCAUAAGAAGACAUUAUUUGUAUUCAGCAGGUGGAUUCAGGCUCCUGUGGUUAUUGUUCAUAGCUGCCUGGUUUACUCUUGUCACAUAUCAAUGCUUUUGUUGGGAACAAUUUCAACAGUGGAACUCAGUUGCCAGAUUUUUCAAAGCCUUACUCUGUCUUGAAUUUUAUGAACCAAUCCAUCAUCAAAUGGUGAAAGCACUUUCUACGAAUCUAGAGGCCCUGCCAAUGUCCUGAACAGUUUAUCUAAAGAAUCCUACUUGGAAACGGGAUGUUCCUGCACUUCCUAUCUGAUUGCCUGGUUUCAUAACUGGAGUCUCAAUUAAACAUUUGAAAUGGUUUUAACUUCAGGUCCCUUGACGUUAACUACCUGGCACUGACAAUGCAAGACUGGAGUUCAGAGCGCUUACUCCACUGCACUGUGGUGAGCUCUGCAAUCCCAUGAUUGAUUUUGUUAUGUUUCACCCAUGCCCUGGUGACAACACUGGAGAUCCGCAUGUCUCAGAUGCAGGUCCAGGUCCAGUCACCCAGUAUCUGGUAUCUUUCUUAUUCAUUAUCCAAUCUUCAGUUUUAAGUUGAGAUGUUUUUCCAACCUCUCUAAUUCUUGAAUUGUACAUAAAGCCAAUCAGGAUUACAUCUGUUUAACACUGGAAAACAUGCCACUCAGCAUCCUGGGUGUCUCCAACUGCCCCAGACACUGGGGAAGAUACCAUUAGGACUUACCUGCCCAUAGACAGACAAAUAUUUACCCCUUGUGAAGCAGUCUUGUGUUCACAUGCAGACCAGUACUGUGAGACAGUUCAUAAGUGACAUUGGAUAAUACAAGUCCAUGCUGGAUAAUGUUCAAGUUUAGCCUGUAUGUCCACACCUAAACUGAUGCUAUGACACUGGACAGUGAAUGAGUCAGGGUACUAAUGUAUUCACCUGGCCUAAUAAUGGAUAAUACCAUAUUGCCCACCUGGAUUGUCAUUAGGUAAUAUACAAGCCAGGAUCCUAAGAGUCUGCAUCUCACAUGAACCAUGAAUCAAUCUAUAUGUGCAUAUCUGGCUUGUCACAAUAUAUCCCCAUUGUGUCCCUAGUUGGAAUGACACUGUAUAACAUGUAAGACAGUGCCUUUAACUCUUUAUUUUCUUGUACUGCUAUCUUUUUCUGAUUUUAGUGAGGCGAUUAUCGUGUUGGUCACUUACAUUAUAAACCUCACUACAGAGAAAUUUUAAUAAUAAUUAAGUUAUCCACCAUUUCACAAUGUAAAGCCACUUGCAGUUGCUAUGGCAAACAGAGUCAAGUCUACUGUGUGUGAUGACUGUGCAUCUUGUUUGAUGCAGGAAGCUCCCCUCGCUGAGCCCAGAGUUUGUGAGAUAGCUGUCAUUGGGUUUUAAAAACUGGGCAAAACAGAAAGUCAGUUACAAGUUUUUAAGGAACUGGGUAACUUGUCCCAUACUUUUGCUGCACAGCUGUGUGACAGAUGUAUGUUUUUGAAGACUGAUAUCCCUGCCCCUCGCUGACUUUUUUUGCUUCACUAAUAAAACAGAGUCCCUAACACUGGUCACUCUCGGUAACCAGUGCAAUACAUCCACCUUGCCAAAAAUAACCUGACCAUGUACCAGCCUAUGUGGAUUGCAGCAUUGUGAGGUCAGUGGGUGAUGUUAGGCUGAAUUAAAGCUAGAACUUAGUGACCAGGAAAUGUCAUUGCUAAAACAGCACUGGUUAUGUUCAAGUAUGAUACUUGCUGCUGCCUGAUUUCUACUGGAUUCUUGGUUGCAGUGAGGAAUGCAUGAUUUGUACUAUUUGGUCUCCAAUCUCAACAUGUUAAAAACUGAGGAUUUAAUAUUUAUAAAUUAAUAUUGUGACUCUAUGUGUGGCCCUAGUGCAUCAUCAUACUCUCUGACUAGGUUUAUUUUUACAAAAAUAAUUUCACAAUCAUCACAUAUGAAAUAACUGGUCUAAGCAGUUGGUAGGACACUAGAACCCUGUACCCUGUGUUAAGAUGAGAAAGAGUCAGCAGCAGAGGAGCCUUCAUAUAUCCAUCGGAAAACUGCAUGCAGUGUGAAAGCUGCCGAUUUCUGUUUUUUAUACUUUGGGAUUCUCUUUAGUUGGAGAUAUCAAGUGUGUGGGAAGAAACUGCUGCUUGCGUGGAAUUUGAUGGCCUGUUCUUAUAUCUGAACUUACUAGCACACAUGAACAAUAAAAUGAGUUAGCCAUCAGA